AUGUUUCUGCCCCCAUGUGGUGAUAUGGGCGUUAUGGCAGGUGAGGCCAGGAUGCUGUGGCGGUGUCCCACUCUGUAAUUUGUGGCUUUGGGCUGGCUCGGAUUAGUUGCUGUUCCUCCAUAGCUUGGUUUGUGGGGUUACAGCUUGUGCUCGCUUGUUCCCGCUCAGCCCGCAUCGGCAAUCCGUCCAUGUGGAGUCAGGAGAGGUGGGUGCGCCAGUCAGCCCUCGAUCAUGGGUGACAUGGCAUGUGGUCUCCGCCAUUUUGGAAGCGGCCUCUGUGCUCCGUGUCUGCCAUGCUGUUGCUUUGGGUGCCAGUGUUGUUGCACUCCGAUGGGCCAUGGGGUGGGGACCGGGAUCAUGUCUGCCUAGCCUCGAGCUUCUGCCUUGCCGCAGGUGGGCAGGCUAGCUGGGCAGCGGCCGUCCACCCCACUCACCGCCCGAGCGGUCCCCAUUGUGGAUGACGGCGAUCGCCCCUCCGAGGGACUAAAACUUUCCUCUGGACCAGGGUGGCUUCUCGCACUGGGUCACAGCUGCCAGUCGUCGAGUGAGUAUGAAAUUAGUUUUUAAAUGCCAAAACUGGAGAGUAUUGCUGGAGCUACUCCAUUCUGCGACCAUUCAGCAUGGCGGUCCGGCCCCGACCCCCCUUUCCAUAUCCAAUUUGAGUUUGUUGAGGUGGCUACUGAACCUUUCAAUAUCCCCCGGAGUUACAUAAUUGUUUAUAGAGAACAAUUCAGGAAACUGAUUAAAUUCUCUCUUGAAAAUAUUAUGACGGAGAAGAUCAAGCUUUUAGAUAAAUAAUGACACAAUAUUUUUGCAACUUAUAAGAGUAAUAUUGGCUCCUUGAAGCUACAAAUUAUUUUCAUUAAAUGUCUUGAAAAUGUCUGCCAAAUAAAAGUCUUCAUUCUUUACAGUUUUUAACUGUUCAUAGAGACCAGCCUCAUUAUCACUUUCAAAAAACUGUAUGACACUAUCAAAUAAAGCAACAAAACGAGACAAGCAUGUACCCUUUGAGAGCCAUCGAAAUUCUGUGUGUAAAAGUAAUCUAAGAAACUGCUCGUUAUUGUCCUGGCACAGCUGUCGAAACAUUCUAUCACAUUUGGCAUUAGAUUUGAUCUUAUUUACAGCUUUAAUUAUUAUACUUAAUGAUGAAUAGAAACUUGUACUUAACCCCUUAAGGACACAACUUCUGGAAUAAAAGGGAAUCAUGACAGAAUAUUCCCAUCAUGUGUCCUUAAAGGGUUAAAUGUUUUCAUACAAUAUGUUGUCUGAAUACACAAAACGUUUGGCACUUCUUCCUUCAAGUAAGCAACAAACCCACUAUAGCGGCCUACCAUUGAUGGUGAGCCAUCAGUAGCACAUGCAACAAUAUUGUGCAAUGGUAUAUUAUUUUUUGCAAAGUAUGAUUUCACAGCAUUAAAUAUUGAUAAUCCUUUUGUAUCUGUAAUCAGAUUGACAGUGAAUAGCAUUUCUUCUUGAAAUGUAUUGUUUUCAUCAAGUACCAUACAUAUGUCAUCAGUAGAGCAUUAUUAUCUGCAAUGACAGACUCGUCCAAUUGUAUGGAAAAUGAAGAAUUUGUAGCAAGAUGUUCUCGCAAUCGACUUGGCUUCAUUGCUUCAUUAGAUAAUGUCUUGUGGCAGUAAACACAUUGGAAGCUGUUUAUUUGUAACAGAUUCAAUGAAACCCAUCGUCAGAUACUCUGGUAAAUAGCCACAAGCAUAUUGCUUUUUUUUCAGACAUGGGUUCUAAAUUUGUUUCACAAUUUAACAACUACUUUUACUCUUACGUUUUGAUCUGCACUCCACACAGUGCUCCCCCCCCCUCUUUUCCCUUUUAUUACAAACACCAAAAACAACGCUGUAUUAGUUGCCAAUUUUUAUUAUGUGUCACCAUAAAAAAGAAAUUACCCGCUUUUUUUCUACUUUUCCUUUUCAUUCUCUCCUUCUUUUACUUAUUUUCCUUCUUUCUUUUAUUUUAUAAGAUAACAAAACUUAACUUAUGAGCCACUCUAAACACUACUUACUCUCCUCCUUUAUUUUAUCCCAUUUUUUCUAUUUUUCUUCCCUUUUUUAAAAACUUUUUUUGAUCUUUUCCUUUACAUUCCUUAUGGCAAUGUACAAAAGUAAGGCUGAGCUAGUUACCCCACUUAUUAUUAUUAGCCAACAACAAUUCUCUCCUUGUCCUGCCUAUAACUUUUCUUUCUCUUAUUUUACAACUGCUCUGCUCCACUUCUGCCUGUCCCUGCUAUCAGCUCCCACUCCCCCCUUCCUCUUCCCAUGUGUUACACGUUUGCGCGCGCAUGCACGCGUCCGUACUUUCAUGUGUGCACUGGCGCCCGCCCACACUCUCAAAAGGAGGAUUUAGCCGCCGAAAUCCCUACCGCCCACCUGGAGUCCUGAAACGCCCACUAGUGGGCGGUAGGGACCAGGUUGACGACCUAUGAUCUACAUAGAUUUAUAAUGUAAUGUAUAUAUUCACCUAUGAAAACUUUUUCUUCAAUUUAAAAAUGAUAACUUUGCAAAAUCUUCUGACAGUCCCUAAUAUUAUGUGGAGAGAGGUCUCUCUGACCACAGAUCGUAAAUUGUGUCCAGUGUUCAGGAGCUAAAUCUUCAAUCUCACCACAAGUUCACACAGCCAGACACUCACUCUUCUAGAAUCGAGGAUCUAGUAUAUCAACCCAAUGGAGGUAUGAGCUUCCUACAGGGGUAUUCACUGAAGUGAGAAUUCAAAGUAAAGAUUAAACUAAAGGCAAAUAUAGAACAAUUCUUCAAAUAAGGUGGGAUCCAACAGGGAGCACCAAUGCAAGCUCUGAAUUCAAGACAAUUCUCAGUUUAGUGAAUAACACUGAUAGAGUCCAUCUAGAGUUAAAUUAAGCAGGAUGGAAUUAAUGGGCUUUUCUAAACACAGCUCCAAGCAUGCUGCCCACUGCUAGCAGGAAAUGGAACAUAAAAAUAAACACUAUAAAUUCAAUUCAACACACUACUUGCUUCAAUGUCAUUUUAUCAGAACUUUUUCAAAAUAACAAUACAAAUCAACAAAAUGUUUUAAAACUGGUUGCUAAAGGAACGGAAUGGCAUCUAUUUUAUACUAUUUGUGUAUAUAAAGUGUGUCUAUGUAAAAGGGUUUCUAUAUUUGGGAUGGGGUUGCACAAAUAAUGUCACAAUUCAUCUGGUAUCCAACCCUUCCCAGAUCCAAGAUGUAGGUACUGGAAGUGCUUUGUUGGAUUGGGAAUAUGGGUUCUAAAAGCAGAAAUAUUAAUUGUAUUUAGUAACCAAAAGUAAAAUCAAGAGCUAGAUGGGAGGUUUAUAUGUUGCCACAUUCUCUACUUUCAGAAUGAGACACUCUGGGACAUCUGCACUUCUCCUCCUGGUCUUUCUGUGUUUUGAUCAUGUUAGCCAUGCCCAACACUGGUCCUAUGGUCUGCGUCCAGGAGGUAAAAGGGUCCCUGAAACUAUCCAGGACUCAUACUCAGAGGUAAGUACACUAGGGUGUAUAGUGAAGUAGUACUCUGUAGAUGUGAUUGUAGUUUAAAGAACAAUUAUCUUUUUUGGUGUUUAGGCUAUUUUGUAUUUUGAAAAUUGGGGAAUAACAAUGCUCAUUAUAGCAUGCAUUCAUGUAAGGAUGCAGAUUGUACAAUGACUAGACAAUUUCUUUGUAUGUCCAUUUUUUUUCUACCCACCACUAUCAACAGAACCCACUUUAUUUAAUUCUGUUCUAAAGCAAUAAGGACACAUUGGAGUUGCAACAGUGUGGCAUAAUUCUAAAAUUAGACCAAUUACCAAGGAAACCAAUAACAUAUUUUUUGCUUAUAGCUUCACUUUGAGAACUUUGCCCCAGAAUUGAUCUGCAUGCAUACGGCAACAGUGUACGGCACCAUUAAUACAUAAUAAACAGGAGUCAAAGGAAAAUAAAUACUGAAAAAAAUAAUUUAAUAUGCAUGUUUAAAGGGACACUAUAGUCACCAGAACCCACUACAGCUUAGUGUAAUGGUUCAGGCACAGAGAGCCUGUUCAACAGUGUUUACAUUGCUAAGUCCACCUUCUAGUGGCAUUCACUCAGACAGCCACUAGAGAGACUUUAUGGACAAAGUCUUGUGCAAUCUUUGCCACCCUGACAUUCAGCAUUUUCACGCUCUGCAUGGAGAUGCAAUGACACAAUGCAUCACUAUGAGGAGAUGCCGAUUGGUGCAGCACAGGGACUUGCUGCAUAUGUGCACUUGCCUCCCAUUGCUUUCCUAUGGGUAAACACUGCAUCGACUUAGAUUAUUACAAUUAAUGAUCUCAGCCAGGGAGGCAGGGCAGCAGCAUAGAGACCAGAGAGGUAAGGUCUAAAAAAAGUUUUACAAUUAUUAUUGCACACGGGGGGAGUUCUAAAUAGCAGAACACCAUAAUGUUACAUGUCUGUAUUCCUAAUGCUGUAAUGUUUCUUUAAUACAGUUAAAAACAAGCUGAUCCAAAAAACAAAUACAAAAUCUUUAGGAUAGUAUUAUACUAGUAGUAAAAAACAAAACACAGACUAAAAUUGCCACCAUUAUUAUUGCCAUAUAACUUGUACACAGGGCCAUAUUAAAAGCCUAUUGGGCCUGGUGCUGACAAUUACGAUGGGUUAAAUUAUAAAAUCAUAUUGACAGAAACCACAAAAACAGUCAUACCUCCCAUACCUCCUGGAGGUUGUGCUGGAUGGUAACUCAUAGGAUAUAGCCAUCAGAUAACACAUACCCUAUGCUCAUGUCUCAGUUUCAUCUUUCAAGUAAAAUCCAUACCCCCUAACAGCAGUGUCCAGAGUAGCAGGAAAAAAGGGUGGGCCACUGACACGAAUCAUGUAACCACAACCGCUCAAAAAUCUGCCUGAGGAAUUAGAAGGCCAGCUUGCUGUGAGUGCAGGUCAGGCUGCCUGCCAAUCAUGCAGGAUUGCAAACUAAUGGCAUACUAUGCAGACCGCACCCUGAGCUUGGCUUUUAUGCGUCUAAUGAAGUGCUCGCUCCAUGCUUGCUAAGGACUGUCCCAUAGCACUCGCUGGUCCACUCUUCUCCUUACCUUCUUACUAGCAGGCAGAAGCUCCUGGUAUACAGUCUGGGACAGAGAAAAGGUGGAUGUAGUGAGUGUAGAAGGAAGGGAACGUGCCACAGAGUUACAGAGACUGAAGCAGUAAGAGCAUUUGCAUGGUGCAAAGUCAGCUUUACAUUAAUUCAUUUCAUGGUCAGCUAGUCCACACCAGUUUUCUUUCCCUAGAUCCACAUGUGAAGUGUAGUAAAAAUAUUUUUGUAGCAAUGGGCCUAUUCCAUGGGUAUGGGCCUCAGCCCCUAUGUUAUCCCAGCCCUGCUUGUACAGUAUCUUGUAAAAAAAUACUUUGGUGAAUUGGAAUAAUAUUGUUUUGAAUAAGCUUAUGGGAGUUUCUACCUUUCUAACAGGGCUAGUGCAUCCUAUAGGCGACUUAGGCAGUCACCUAGGGUGCACAGGCCCGGGGGGCGUCAGAUUUCAGUGACCGGAAGGAGGGAAGCGCACUAAGGGGACUGGAGAGGACCUCUAGAGGGGUAGAGGGAGGACCACUAAAGAGUUGGGGGAGAGUGAGAGGACCACUAAGGGGGAAGAGGGGUGGAGUGAGAGGACCACCAAGGGGGACUGGAGAGCACUAAACAGGGGGCCAAGGGAGAGCAAUAAAGGGACAGGAGGGAAGGGGAGAUCACUAAUUGGCAGGAGGGUAGUGCAAUAUAAUUUUUUUUUUUUAAAGUUGUUCCCCUUAGUCCCUAUCCUACCCCACAAACCCUCUCUUUUACACUACAUAUACACAAAAUAACACACACAGAAACAAACAAUGCAUCCCUUACACGCGUACGCACACACACUGCUUCUCUUACACACGCAGAAACAAAAUGGAAUCUCUUACACACACACACCCCCAGAAACAUACAAUGCAUUCCUUACACACAAACAUACAUUAUAUCCCUUACACAAAUUGGUAUCCCUAUACACUACAUUCCAAGAACACACACACACACUACAUCCUCUACAUAACACAUCCCCAUCACACAUACACUCCACUCCCUCCAGACCAUGAGCUGUGUAAAGGGGCCCCAAAAAAAUGGAGCUGCUUCCUGUUUGUUAAUUGUUGUGAGCACUGUUACAAAAAGGCUCCAGAGAGCCUCUUCUACACCAGACCCGUGGAGGCAGACUGCAGCCUGAGGCCAUCAUCAUCCUCUUGUCCUCAUCUGGUGGUAAGUAGGCAAUCCAAUAUAUUAUUAGUGGCACUAAUCUCUAAUUUACCUCACAUUAAAGGGCCACUAUAGUCACCAGAAGCACUACAGCAUAAUGUCGUGGUUCUGGUGUCUAUAGCCUGUGCCUGCAGUCUUUUUAAUGUAGACACACAUUGCUUUUUCUUAUAAAAGACACUUUUUGCAGAACUGGCAUUGGCCCAUAUGGCAGAGCAUAUGGGUGGGGCAUUGUGAUUUCACAUGGUGGGCAGGACAUAUGGGGGGGAGCAACAAAUUUUUGUUUGUCUAAGCCGGCAAAAAUCCUUGCACCGGCCCUGCUUUCUAAAGUAUAAAACAUCCUCCCAGAAUACUGCCAACUCAUAAAGAAUCACCGGAAUAAUAUUAAAUACUGCAAUAAAUAAAUUGCCUAUCAAGUUUUGCAUGGAGCAAUCUAGGUCUCCUUUUUUACCUUUCUUAUAGCUAUGUAGCCUUUCCACGGAACUGUAGGUUUUCAUUUUGCCUUCAACUACUGUCUUUGCUAUUGUACAUCAUUAUGGAACAUGUUGGUGUUUAAAAGUGCAAUCCUAUUAGAGACAGCCAAUGUAGUGUUGUGGAUGGCAGUUCCUGGACAUUGUGGAAGUAGUACUAACAUGUUUAUAAUUUCAGACUCCAAAUGAGGUGGCCGUGUUCACAGAACCACAACGCCUAGAGUGCUCAAUUCCCCAGAGCAGGAUCAGUGUCCUAAAAGAUGCUUUGGUAAAUAACACAACCUACUGUCUAGGGUUUCAUGUAUUGAGUGAAACCCAAUUACUAUGUAAAACCAGGAUAUAUUUCAGCUGAUUAUUUUACCUUUUCCCCCCCCCCCCAUCAGAAUUUCAUACAUUAGCCUAACCAGCCACAAUAAUUCCCAAAUUAGAUAUCAUGACAAGCAAAAGUAUUAAAAGUGUGCAAGCAUAAGCAGGACAGUCAAGCCAUAGAAGCAAUCCCCUACUACAAUCUAUUGAUUAGAUCAAUCUUUGGCACGUCAGAUGUAGAGAUGUCGCGAACUUCCCGCGAACGGCUCGCCACGAACCGUUCGCGGUGAGCUCCGGUCAGCUGACACAUCCCGGCCAAUCUCCAGCAGACCCUCCCUCCCAGAUCCUCCCACCUCCUGGACAGCAUCCAUGUUGAAGGCAGCUUCAACAUGGAUGCUGUCCAGGAAGUGGGAGGGUCUGGGAGGGAGGGUCUGCUGGAGAUUGGCCGGGAUGUGUCAGCUGACCAGAGCUCGCCGCAAACUGCGGCGAGCCGUUCACGGGAAGUUCGCGAAAUCACUAGUCAGAUGUUGUGGACUACAUCUCCCAUGAUUCCCUUGCAGUCAUAAUACUGGUAAAGCAUCAGGGGAGAUAUAGUCCACAACAUCUGGAGCGCUGAAGGAUGCCUACCUCUGGAUUAGAUCUAUGAACAAAUGUAAUGCAUAAGAUUACAGACUUCUGUACUAUCAGCAGACAUAAGUUAAGGAGGGUGGAUGGGUUUAAAUUCUUAGGAUUGACCAUCACUGAUUUUAUUAUAUUACAGCUGAGUUGGCUGGAUGGAGAGAAUGAAAGAAAGAAAAUCUAA